CUCACUGCCCACCAAGAUCAUCAUCAAUGGCUAUUUGGACGACCCCGAUAAAAGCAUCUGGACCAAAACAAUGCGCGACGAGUUUUUGCAUUUUACUAAUUGCAAUGUCAUUUUUGUGGACUGGAGUGCCGGUAAUGGUGGCAAUUAUGACCAGGCACAUGCUAAUACACGUACCGCAGCCGAAGCUACCACAAACUUUAUUAGAGCUUUACAGAAUCUGAAGGGUUUAUCAUUAGGAAAAGUACAUAUCAUUGGACAUUCUCUCGGAGCCCAUACAUCCGGAUUCGUUGGCCACGCAUUUAAUGGCCAGAUUGGCCGUAUAACUGGCCUUGAUCCAGCUGGCCCCGGAUUUAACGGUAUGCCCGCAUCGGACAAACUUAAUCCAACAAACGCACAAUUUGUAGACGCCAUACACUCGGAUGCUGUGCUAAAUACAGGCGCUGGUAUAGUGGAAAACUCUGGUCACUUGGAUUUUUGGCCUGAUAACGGUAAAAAUCACCCUGGUUGUACUUUGAGCUGGCUCACUAGUUUCCAGGGAGGGCUCACAUGCAAUCAUUUCAGGGCAGUUGACUUUUACGCGGCUAGUAUUAACCCCAAUAACCCUAAGGGUGUGGCCCAUCAGUGCCCUGACUAUAGCGCAUAUCUGGCAGGCGAAUGCGACACUGACUGCGCGGAUGGUGUGGCCAACUGUGCUAUUAUCGGAGAACAGGCUGUACUGUCAAAACCCUAUGAGAGCAGUACUAUUGGCAAACGUUACUAUCUGUCCACUAACCCCAGCUAUUCGUAUUUUCAGGGU